UCUCUCUCUUUCUCCCUCUCUUUCUCUUUUUCUCUCUCCCUCUCUCUCUCUCUCGCUCUCUCUCUCUCCCUCUCUCACUCUCUCUGUCUCUCUCUAAUUGGCUUCUAUUGCCAUUUCCUCUCAAGCCUCAGAGUGCUCACUUUUUCCCAGACUCCCUGCUCUAGGACGGAAAAGAGGAGUCUGUCUCUGUUGUUUUCACUUUUCCCUGUUCAGACACUAUCACUCCUGUGAAGCUCUGAAUAACUAAAUGUUGGUCUCUCUCAACAGACUCAAAGCAAUGACCCCUCUCCAGUCUUGGCCUCUUGUCCUCUUCCUUGUUUUGCUGGUCCAUUAUUCAAAUCCACUCGACGAUAACAAGAUUCCCAGUCUGUGUACGGGCAGCCCGGGUAUCCCAGGUUCCCCGGGGUUGCACGGCAACCCAGGCCAGCCUGGCAGAGAUGGAAGAGAUGGACGAGAUGCACAACCAGGAGAGAAAGGGGAGAGGGGAGACAGAGGAGAGCCAGGUCAGCCAGGCAUAAGGGGCUUGAGCGGGGACAGAGGUGAUCCAGGAGAGAAGGGUGAGAAGGGGUCACCCGGAGAGUGUGCUGUAGCCCCCAAAUCAGCAUUUAGCGCCAAGCUAUCCGAGGCCCGCACCGCACCCUUAGUAGUAGGGGAUGCUGUGCGUUUUGACAAGAUUGUCCUGAAUGAGCAGGGGGAUUACAACGCUGAGACAGGACGCUUCACUUGCAGGGUGCCGGGCGUUUACUACUUCGCUGUCCAUGCUACUGUGUAUCGCUCUAGCCUGCAGUUCGAUCUGAUGAAGAACGGACACACAGUUGCUUCCUACUUCCAGAUUUUUGGAAACUGGUCCAAGCCAGCCUCACUGUCUGGCGGCACCCUGCUGCACCUCAUUCCUGGGGAUCAGGUGUGGGUGCAGAUGGCUCUGGGCGAGUACACCGGCUUCUACUCCAGCCCCAAGACGGACAGCACCUUCACUGGCUUCUUAGUGUACUCAGACUGGAAAAACUCUGCUGUUUUUGCCUAGAUUGCCAAGCUACAUGCGACUUAACACAGCGCUAAUGCACACCAACUAACAAAAACAUACUGAGGGCAGAAACGUUCACCACAUUUUCUCUUUUACUGAUGUAUUGCAGUCUCACAGUUACGGACAAAGGCCCAUGUCGAUCAGUGUUCGGCCUACAGGAAUCCUUUUAAUGUCUUUUGCACAUGGAUGCUCAGCAGCACUAGAACAUUUUGUCACUGUCAGUAAUGAUAACAGACCAGCAGCUUUUGCAUUACGUACCCCACAGUAAAAAACAUAUGAGGAGGAAUAUAAAGAUUUUUACAUUUUGGUACAGAUAUGGGUCCAUUAUUCUGUUACAACUUACAACUUGGAAACAGCAAUAUUAGAGCACUUUUGAAUGAUCACAUUAAUAAAAGUAUGACGAUACCUCUGUUGAA